AUGUCUUCCGUGCAUCAGGCCCUAACUUGGGUAUUUUUAAUAGGUAUACGAUUCUGCCAUGGGAUUACGCUCGAUAUAAGUUCACGAGAAUCCAUAUGUGCUGCCACAGAUAUUAUUCAAAACGACAUAAUGGAUUAUUAUUGGGGUAGUGAAUAUGGAGGCGUGGUGGGAAUGUUCGUUUAUCCUUAUUACUGGUGGGAAGCAGGGUUGGUUUUUGGUGGAAUGCUUGAAAAUUGGUAUUUGUGUGAUAAUACAAAAUAUGAGCAGCUUUUACACGACUGUUUAAUUGCUCAAUCUGGUACCAAUUACGAUUUUAUUCCUUCCAAUCAAUCCUUAACCGAGGGUAACGAUGACCAGGGUAUCUGGGGAUUAUUUGUGAUGGACGUGGUAGAGCGAAACUUUCCAGACGCUACAGAAGAAGGCGUACCGGGGUGGCUUGCAAUGAUACAGGCGGUCUAUAACACUAUGUGGUUACGUUGGGAUACGGAACACUGCGGGGGCGGUUUACGAUGGCAGAUUUUCGCAUACAAUAUUGGAUAUGAUUAUAAGAAUUCAAUCGCCAAUGGGUGUCUCUUUCUGAUAGCUGCGCGACUUGGCCGAUACACUGGUCAACAGGAGUAUUUGGACACAGCAGAAAAAGUAUUUCAGUGGCUGGUUGAUAUAAAUUUCUUCCAGUUUAAUGACCCUAUUCUUAUUAUGGAUGGUGCCCAUGUCACCAAUAACUGUACCGCUUUAAAAGGCCCACAGUGGUCAUAUAACCAUGGGAUCAUCCUCGCGGGCUGCGCAGUCAUGUACAACGUCACGGGAUCUGAAGUAUGGCGAGAACGUGUUGAUAAGAUCCUCCAAAGUGCGAAGUACUUCUUCUUCUUCCAGGAUGUAAUGUACGAGAGUGCAUGUCAGGGAAGUAAAAUAGGAUGCAACAACGAUCAACGAGCAUUCAAGAGUGUUCUUUCACGUAUGCUCGCUUUGACAUCUGUUCUCGCACCGUUUACGCGUGAUCAGAUCAUGCCUUUGCUACAAGCUUCAGCAACGUCAGCAGCUGCGUCGUGUGCAGGCGGUCCAUCAGGCUCCUAUUGUGGCCUCGACUGGCAUCGUGCCGAAUUCGAUGGUAUUUAUGGACUUGGUGAACAAAUCAGUGCUUUAGAUGUUAUUCAGAGCCUACUAAUCCACACAAAGCCUGCUCCACAUACAGCUAACGAGGGUGGCUCAAGUAAAGGUGAUCCUGAAGCUGGUAAGAAUUACACAACUAGCAGCAGUGUCUUAGUAUUCGAAGACGCUCCCAUAAUCGAACAAAAUGAACGCAUUAUCGCAGCGUCCAUAACAGCAGGCGUUCUAGGUAUGAUCCUGGGCACUGGAAUAUGGAUGAUGUUUUAA